AUGUCGCGCUUGCAAGACACUGUGGCUGGCCCGCGUCCUCCAGACGCAGUGGUGGCACAACGUAUUGCUGCAAAAGGCAUGCCAGUCGUUGGUGCUGUUGGUAACGAAGGAGAACAAGGUGCAAUGACAAUGAGUGCUCCUAGUGGUGGUCAUGGCGUUACAUCCGCUGUAUCCAUGGAUACAUUAUCUUGGCGGUUGGGGUAUGAUGAGUGGGACUUCAUGGCUACUCCUUACGUCGCUGGUGCUGUUUCAUUGUAUCUCAAGCAGGCUCACAAGGAUCAUGAUCUUUCGACCAAGCCCAAAUUCACCACCGAGCAAUUCCAACAUUAUGCUUACAAGGCACCCAAUUCACAUGCCACUGGCAUUGAUUCACCCCUUGCACAAGGUGCUGGUCUUAUCCAAGUGUAUGAUACAAUUAUGCAAGAUCAAUUGAAGAUCCGCAACAUGGGCAACUCAACGGCUUCGAAUGGCUAUAUCUUUAGUGAGCCUGUGACCUAUAUUGACAACGCCAAGGCGUCCAUCCGCUUUUCACAAAAGACAAUCAAGUUGGCUCCCGGCAAAAGUGCUACUAUUGAAGUGACAUUGACGCCUCCAAAGACCAAUCCCUAUGAUCACAUCGUGUAUGGUGCCUAUAUUCAAUUCAAGAGAAAAGUCCAGGCAACAAGGAUCUCACUGUACCCUAUUUCGGUAUUGUUGGUGAACAACACAAAAUACCCAUCUUCAUGCCUUGAUCCCCUGUGGUGA